CCCUAAGAUGAUGCAAAACCCGAAGGUGGGAUAAUGCGUGCAUCCGAGACCAGUACGAUCUCUUCUAUUUCGGUUUUAUGUGAUUUGUAUAGUCUUUCACUGUGCAGUACUUAUGUUGAUCCCGUGUUAGUUCUGAUAGGCGGAUUUACAUCUUGCGCUGAUGACUUUGAUUUACUAGCAGUGGGAAAAUUCGAUCUUCAAACAGUUAUCUUGCCAUGAUCAUCAGGGUUUUCUUUAAUUGAAGAAACCGAGAUCAUUCACUAGAGGAACCUGCAACAAAUUGGCAGUUUUUGUGCCCUUAAAUAAAUAAGCGAAGUCUUGGUGAAGCAAGAUGAUUGAUCUUCACAUGGUAUUUCUACUCUUUUGGGCAAGUUUGGCACAUGGAUUACCACCGCAGUUCAACAGAGUGCAGUUUCUCAAGCCUGCCACAUCAUUUGCAGCCCGCACCGAUCAAUUUCACGCCGAUUUCCAAAGCCCCAAAUUCUCGGGUUCCAGCAGUUUAUUUUCCGCUGGCUUGUCGCCGAUUUCCACCGACUUUAAUACCUGGAAGCAUCAACAAGGAUUUUUUCAGCACCAAGCCCUGGACUUUGAUAAGUCCUUCAGCGCGCAUUACACGCCGGAUUUCAGUGAUGGUUUAUCUUAUCCGGACCCUUUCCUGCGCACUGGCAUCGAUGCGAAACGAAAAGCAGACUAUCUUUAUAGCAAGGAAUUGUUUUUCAAAGACAUUCCCCAUAUAAGAUCGCUGCUUUUCAACCAGCACCAGAGGCUAGACAACGAUCUGGCUCCAAACCGGUUGGGAUCCUUAAGGCUGGGUUCUCCCUGGAAUCGGUUCAAGCGAACAGGCUCGAUUCGUGAGAGUAACAGCUUUUUCAAUUACAAAAACACCUUUUCAAUUUGAGCUAGGAUGUUGAUUUAACUUAGCAACUAAAAAAUUAAAAACAUACAGACUAAUAAUGCAUAAACAGCCGCUUGGGGGGUGAAGCUGACGCCCCCAUUGCACAGAUCCCCUUUGCAGAAGCACAUCAGCACUUUUCGAUAGUUCCACUUGGUGUAGGCGCAGCGAUCUUCACUGUCCGAAGGACCUCGUUGCAAGCAGAUUCUUUGAGUCGCCACUCCAUAUUCUGGAACAGUAAUUUUUCGUUCAGCUCCCUGGGGCACUGGAAACUAGAAGUUCUAGAGCUUUACCUUCCUUUGCAGCAUUUUCGCUCUCUACGAUUUUUCCACACCAGCCAGAGGCGCAAGGUACCGUUUCAAUGCCGAUUUCCUGCUUGUUUUCCACUAGAGUUACAUUGGCUACGAAUGGGUCUUUGCAGCUGCCCAACUCUCCUCUUGAUCGGCACAUGAAACAUCUCUGCAAACCUGGAAAAAGCCGCAAAUGUAGCAAAAACCAGGAAGCCUGUGUUUUCCAGUUGGGAAAGCGAGUUCUUCGCUCUGCAGAGUGUUGCGGCAAACUAAGGAUUUAACAUCAAAUUCUGUGCGUUUUUACUAACGCUUUGGAUGUUUUUUUUGUGCAAUUUGUCAAUAAGCUUUCUUGUUGUUUUAGCGUAAUUUAAUCAGAUUAAAAUGUUAACAAAGAGUGAGAAUAAACCAACAUUUCUAGUUCAAA